AUUGUCAAAUGGCAACAUACUGUCAUUCAUUUAUCAUUUCUUUUUUUUUUAAGUAAUAUUUAUAUAAAUUAAAUGUUAACAUAUAUUUAAAAUCAUGGGUGAGGACCAAAAAAAGAAAUCGGAAAAAUGCCUAAGAAAAUCAAAUUUACUAGUAUAUCAGCAACCGUCUGGACAAAGAACAGAUAGAAGAUUUGACGAUUGCAAGAAUAAAAUUAAAAUUCCUAUUUGCACUCCCAAACCGAAAACUAUACGAGUAUGUACUGGCGCAGAAUUGAGAAAAAUGUGUCCACCGCCUGUGUGUCCUUGCGAACCGACAAAAAAGAAGGUGCGCAGUUUUGGAUUGAUAAGGUUUUUGGGGUUUGGACUUAAAUCUGCAAUUGCAGCAGCGAUGGUAUAUAUAACAUACGAUAUGGGUAUAUGGGGCACCACCGAGGAUACUCAGCAAUUGUAUAGUAAUGCUUGCACGAUGUUUGGAAGCCCUAGGCCAAAGAAAAAUACCAAAUGGGAUCCUCCUUCAUGUGAGGCUGAAAGCGAAUUUUUUCCUCCUCACACCUAUAAUCCAUAUGCUCAGUGCGAAGAGCCACCGAUAAGAACUGAAGAUACGUACAUGAAAUUUAAAAAUUUAUGGAAUCAAGGAGUUUCGUCAGUAUUUCAUGGAAUUGCGAAUUUUCCUGGAAACCUUAUGAGUUUUGAAGGGAAGUCUAAGGCAAAAGAUGGUGAUGGUAAAAAAGAAGAUGUCAAAUGUGUUUCAUAUUCACAGUUAUCUGAUGAAGAACGAGAAAAAUUAACUAAUAUUUAUAAGUAACCUAACCUGUUUAAAUAUAUCUAUCAUUUACUGGUAA